AUGUUUCAUAAUCGGCGAGGUAUUCCGAAUAGUAUGUCACAAGACGCCAUCUUUGGGGAAAAUAAUAAAUAAAAACACCAAAACAAAACAUUCUUUCACACAGAACAUAUCGACAACCGGGUAUUUGAUGUGAAAGAGAAGAUAUGAUAGGUUGGACACAGAAGGUUUAUGGCCUUGUUGUGUUGAUACUGGCUGUUACAAAGGGCAAUGUUGUUGUGAAAACAAAUAAUGGUUCUCAGACUGUGACCUACUUUUAUGACAAGGCUGCUGCAUUUGGACCUUCUAUACCAGAUAAAGGAAUAGUGGGUUAUGUAUUCAAUGUGAACCCACCAAAUGCCUGUCGUCCAGUGAAUCCUCCUCCAGACAACUUUACAAAAUGGAUAGCCCUGAUAGCAAGAGAUAACUGCACCUUUGUUGAAAAGAGUCGUAAUGUCCAGCGCCAUUUUAUGGCGGCCAUUGUGUAUAAUUCUGAGAAUUCAUUGAACCGUGAUGAUCCCAUUACUAUGGGAGGCGGUAGGCGUCUUGUCCGUAAUAUGCAAAGUUGGUCAGUGGCUGCCAUUGUUUACAAUUACCAUGAUGAGAAUGGCCUCAUUCCCAUGCCAGGAGAAACUUGGCCUGUUAAUUUCAGCUACAAGGUUUACAUAGAUGAUAAAGAGGGCAUUGAUAUCCCCUAUAUUCUCUGGCCCUUUGCUGUUGUCAUAGGAACCUGUUUUGUUCUCAUGUUUAGUUUUAUGGUUGUAAAGUGGUGCCGAGACUUCAGAAGAAAGAGACGAUCUCGAUUGUCGGCCAAACAUCUUAAGAAGAUACCUGUUAAAAAGUUUAAGAAAGGAGAUGAGUAUGAUGUGUGUGCUAUAUGCCUGGAUGAUUACGAGGAAGGAGAUAAACUCAGACUUUUACCUUGUAGCCAUGUAUAUCAUACAAAGUGUAUAGAUCCAUGGCUUACAAAAAGUAAGCGUAGUUGUCCAAUCUGUAAACGUAAGGUGAUACCGGGGGAUGACCCCGACAGUGACAGUGAUACCUCGGAGGGUGAGGAGGACUCGCCCUCAGAAAGAACUCCCUUGCUGGCGGGAGGAUCGAGUGGGUCCAGUGAGAGAAGGUCAACUUUUGAUAACUCAGGGUUACCACAAACUGCUAGACAACCUCAUGUAUCACAUGUAAAUGAGAACAGAAGCCACACUUCCAGUGAUGAUUCUGACCAAUCAGAUUCUGAGAUUGGUGCUGUGGGUGGAGUCAGGCAUGUCAAUCUUUCUAAAAACAACCCACUUUUAUCUUUACCUAAGUCAUCCAAUCAAAAUGGAGAUAACAAAGAUUCGACCAAUCAGAAAGAGAGUCUUGAAACUUCAGCCAGUCACAGUGUUGAUGCUGUCAUAGAAACGAGUGGAGGGGCAGAUAACUCUGGUUUUGAUGAUACAGAUGUGAGUAGUUGUAGUUCAGGGGAGGAGCCAGAAUUUCAUGUCCCGGAAAGUGAUGUCAUUUUUAGCGAGCCAAGCAAAAAAGAUGAAAAGAAAUCAAAUGGAGUAGUCUAAAAAAUGGAACAAUAGGUGAUUAAGGUAUUGAAACUUUAAUGUUGAAUUAAUGUAGGUAUGUUUAGAAAUUAUAUACAUGUUAAUGAGAAUGAUUGUUUAACUUUCCUUUACCUUAAUGAAUGUAAAUUGAGGGGUAAGUCAAAUGUGAGAGGUUGAAAUUAUGUUAAUUUAAAUAAACAGAAUUAUUUUUGGCAUGUGUGGGUGUACUUUUUUUGUGCUCACUUGAUAAUUCUGGAAUAUAUCCACAGACGCCGGCAUCCGACAGUCUGUCAGUCAUAUUACAAGUAUCUAGUAACAAAAAUCCUUUCAUUGAUGUAUGGAAUUUCUAAACAUACCUAUGUACAAUACAUGUAUUUGUAAAUUCUAUUUCCAACCUUUUAUAAGGGAACUCAUUUUGUAGUAAUUUUUAUAUACUCUUGUUUGAUAUGAUGUAUGAUUUGAGCUGCGUCACGACAAAACCAACAUAAUGGGUUUGCGACCAGCAUCCGCACAGUCUGAUCAGGAUCUAUGCUGUUCGCUACCAGUUUCUUUACUUGUUAUAGGGCCUGUAAGCGAACAGCAUGGAUCCUGAUCAGACUGCGCGAAUGCGCAGGCUGGUCUGGAUCCAUGCUGGUCGCAAACACAUUAUGUUGGUUUUGUCGUGACGCGGCUCAUUUGUAUUUGUAAAUGAUUUUUUUAAGGACUUGUUUUAAAUGUGAAAACUGAAGUGUUUUUUAUGAUUUUGUCAUGAAAAUAAUGUUUGUUUCUGAAUUUCCUCAAAUUUUGGUGUAUUUAUUUUCGUUUGUCAAACUUUAAUGGCAGUUACUAUAUAUCAAUCCAUAGAGGAGUCGAAUUUUUCAGAUUUCCAUCACAAUUACAUUACAGGCUUCAGUGUAUUAAUUUUUAUUUGGGAACCUAUUCAUAUAAUAUUUUACGGGUUGGAUUAAUGUUUUGUUUAUUAUUUUAAUUCAUCAUUUUUUCAGGCAUUUGAGAAUUUCAUAUCCAUCAGUAUCAGGUGUAAGGUUAUUAAUAUUUUCAUUUCAGGAGCAUAAAUUUUAAUCUACUUAUCUCUAGUUUGAAAAGUUUACUAAAUUGAAGGACAAAUGGUGAAUUCAGAAAUAAACAUUUUUUUUCUUGUAUGGUCAAGAAAAACAUAAUAAUGAAUGAGGAUAUUCUAUGUUUAUGAAGUUUUUAUCAAUUGAACUGUGAUUUGUACACCAUAAACUUGCCCAAAGCUUAAUUUUUUCAAAUGAUUUUUUUUUUCUGAAGUUAAAAACUUAAGUUGAGACAGUGCACAGUGCUGUGUUGUUAUUAAUACAUGCACAUCAAAAAUUAUGCAAACUUCAUAUUUCUAAUAUUUAUUUUGAAAGGCAUGCUGUUAUAAUUUUGUUUUUUAUUGUCGCUUAAUCCUUGCUUAAACUUUCAUGGACUUAUCCUGCUAAAGUUUUUGUACCAAACUUGCCAGGUUUUACAGUUGGUACGGUAUGUCAUCAGUGAAAGGGAUGUUCGAAAAUAAUAGAAUUUAGCAGCUGUUAGGUUAGAGUUUGGUCAAAAUACAUUCCCAAAUCAUGAUUGAUUUUAGCUGUUGUAACUAGGGUUAAAGAUGUGACAAGUUUUUCAUUACACCACUUGAACUUCACCAAUGUAAAGUGAAAAUAAUCAGGUUUAAAAAUUGGUUAAAAUUUUAGACCUAACUUUGAUCUAGAUUUUUAUCGUCAUGAAUGAAUACAAGGCCUGAUCAUUUUGCCCCCAAUAAAAAAAAAGCUUACUGUGAUUGGGUGCUCUUUUGAUUCUAAGGUCUUUGUUAAGUAGAUGAACCGACAUGAGAUCAUAAGGUCAUAGGUCAAGGUCAAAUUGAAACUUGGUCUAGUCAAUAAAUUGAGACAUAGUUAGUCUAGGUUUUGUCAAACUUUAUAUCAUAGGGACAUUGCCUGUGGCCAGAAGUGUUGAUUUCAAGGUCAGUAAGUCAUAGGUCAAGGUCACUGUGAAACUUACUGUAAAAUUCUUGUUAAAUCAAUAUAGUUUCAUGAGUUAUAGUUUUGAAACUUACUAUAAUUAUUAUAUUUUAUUUAAUAAUAUAACAAAUUGACCUUUAUGAAAUAUGCAUAAGUAAAUAUGUAACCAAGACAGGCAAAUGAAGUGGGGUAUGAGUGUCCUGUGAACACACUGCUAUAAGUAUAUCAUGUUAUCAUACUUUCUUUCAAGAAUGAAUUAUUUACAAUGUGCUUUUUUAACAUACUUUAUUGUUAAUAUAUAUUCUAUUUGUAGCCUGGUUUAAUUGUGAUAUAUUUCAUGAUAUUUUGUUGAUUUUCUGUUCAUUUAAUGAAAUUUUGUUAUUUGUUUUUGCUUUAGAUAUUGUUGUUGUUGUAUUUUAUGUAAACUAUAGUCACAAUGCAUGUGCUGGAUAUAUUAUUAGAAUGACAAAAUAAGUAAAGAUGUAAGUGUAAGUCAACUAGUGUAAGCGCUUUUAUGCUGGAAGAUGUAACUUUAAUUUUUGUCUGACAAAAUACAUACCAUAGCAUAAAGGGACUCCACUGAGGUUUUCUUGACAUGACAGGACUGGAAAUAAUAUUUUAAGAUUUAUGUUCCAUUUGAUGUAGGUCUAGACCAAUAACUUGUGUGCCAAAUUUUGGAUCAUUCAAUCGCUCAAUUUUCCAGAAUAAUUAUUCUUAAUGUGAAAAAAUGAUCAAAAAUUGUUGCAAUGAUUUCCACUCAAAUUGGGCUAAGAAUAGCAAAAAAAUAUUAUUUUCAAUUUAUUUCUUUUUAUAUUUCUUAAUUAUCAUUUGCAUAUCUUUCUGUUUUAAGUGCCCCGGCUGAUUUAUGUUAGAAAUUAAAUGUUACAUUUUAAGGCUUUUGACCACAGUGGAGUUCCUUUAAAAGAAAUGUAGGUACAAAGAGUCUUAUAUGAUCUUUUUCGAAAAGGAUAGAAAUAUGAAAAAUUUUUAGUGUAAAUACAUUUCCAUUGUCAAAGAUGUGCCAAUGAAUUUAAUCAAAGAUUGAUUUAAAUAUUUAAAGAAGAAAAAAUACUUUAUUUUGUUGAAAUUUUUUUAACUUUC